CGGGCCGUCGCCAGACAGUCAGACAGAUGCGAGGAAGCGGUCGCUCGGUCCAACAGAAGUGCCACAUAACCAAACAAAAGUCAGCCAUUAUUGAGUCACACGGGCAGACUACGGUCCUCUGGUCAUGGCUAAAGACCCGUUAGCGGAGGCUGGACUUCAUUUUGAUGAGCUCAACAAACUGCGAGUACUCGAGCCUGAUGUGAGCCAGAAAACAACUGAGCUCAAAGAAGAAUGCGAGGAGUUUGUCGACAAGAUUGGACAGUUUCAGAAAAUUGUAGGUGGGCUUAUUGAACUUGUGGAUGAACUUGCGAAGGAAGCCGAAACCGAAAAAAUGAAGGCCAUCGGGGCAAGAAAUCUGCUGAAAUCAGUUGAAAAGCAACGGGAGGCCCAGCAGCAACAGCUUCAGGCUCUGAUUACAGAAAAGAAAAUGCAGCUUGAAAGGUAUCGAAUAGAAUAUGAAGCUCUUCAGAAAGUGGAAGCUGAGCAGAGUGAAUUCAUCGAUCAGUUUAUACUGCAGAAAUAAGAGUGCUGUGUUUCCUCUCUGCUGGACAGGAAAAAUGAUGCUAUGCAUCUUGAUUCACAUUGACCUCCUAAUAAGUGCGGGGUCUCAAACUAGAUGAACUGAAUUGAGCAGUUAAUGGCAGACAACAGACGUCUGUUUCAGCCUCAACCUCAGAGCAUUGAGUGCUUUUGCAUGGCCAGUUCCUGGAGGCACAUCCUUGUAAUCUUUCCAACCAUAGAUCAUAAUCUCAGAUGAAACUAUUUAUAUACAAAAGUUAUUUAUACUAUUUAUAUGGAAACUAGUUUGUAAAUCUGAUCUUUUUUUUUUUUUUUUUACAACAGGAAAAUACAGUAUUUGCAUGUUACUGUAAAUAAUUCCAUCAUGUGACAUCUUCAGGUACAUAUUUUGUUUUCUGUAUGAUUACAACUCCUGUUUGAGACUUGAAUGCCUGUCAUUUUAAUUAUACCAUAUCCUCAUGGCAUUUUUAUUGGGACCAAACCAAAAUAAUUUCUGUAUAAGUUAUGGAAAAGUAUGGAAAUUUAUGGAAAAUUCGUUUCUUGUUUACAUUUACCAUGUGUAAUCUCAGCAUUGGACAAAGCUCAUACAGAUCUGAAGAACAUCUGAAUAAAAAUAUAUUUUGCAAUUA